AGGCGGAGUCAAAGCAGCUCAUCCCCUUGCGCAUGCGCCUACUCUAUCGUCUCGAGGGUGGAAGGCGAUUGUGUCUGACUCUUGCGCCUUGGCUCUGAGUGGGAGCUCGCGUGUGCGCCUGCGCCGGCCUGUUAGGCGGUGGGGAGCGGCUGACAUCGGAGCGGGCGGCGGAGGCGGCGCAGGGCUGUGCCGGGCCGGGCCGGGCCGGGCCGGGAAAAAGUACAAGUCCCCUAAUGCCCAGAUAAGGUCUUUACUCUUCUGUCUUUCUGCAAAAACAUUCUCCGCACCCAUGGAUGAAUAUAGUUGCUUUGUGGAUUGGGACAAGAUGGAUGCCACCAUCCAGACCCAGGACUCAAAGGAGCUAAUCUGCACAGAUUUCCAGGAGUUCAAACAGCUUGCCCGACAGGGCUUUUGGGCCAAGAACCACUCUUUGAGAGCCAAAGUAUACUUGAAGCUAAUUGGCAACAUCCCAUGCCGCACAGUGACACCAGAUGCAAAUGUGUACCGGGAUAUUGUUGUGAAGAUCGUUGGCAAGCGUAACACUGGCACCCUCCCAUUGCCAGAGUUUGUGGAUAACAGUCUGGUUCCCAAUUACUGUUUGAAUGCCGAGGGCAUUGGGGCAGUCAGGAAGAUAAUCUUUUGCAUCGCAAAUCAGUUCCCUGACAUAUCAUUCUGCCCAGCGCUGCCUUCUGUGGUGGCUCUGCUCCUCCACUACAGCAGGGAUGAGGCAGAGUGCUUUGAGAUGGUUUGUCGCAUCCUUGCUUGCAAUGACCCAUCCAAGCGGCUCGUUGAUCAGACAUUCCUGGCAUUCGAGUCCUCGUGUAUGACCUUUGGUGACCUGGUUAACAAGUACUGUCAGGCAGCACACAAGCUGAUGGUGGCAGUGUCUGAGGACGUGCUUGAGGUGUACUCUGACUGGCAGCGGUGGCUCUUUGGAGAGCUGCCCUUGGUGUAUGUUGCUCGAGUCUUCGAUGUGUUCCUGGUGGAGGGCUACAAGGUGCUCUAUCGGAUUGCACUAGCUCUUCUCAAAGUCUUCCACAAAGUGAGAGCAGGGCAGCCCAUGGAGUCGGACAAUGUGCAGCAAGACAUUCGAGCUUUUGUUAGGGACAUUGCCAAGUCAGUGUCUCCUGAGAAGCUGCUGGAGAAAGCCUUUGCCAUACGGCUUUUUUCCAGAAAGGAGAUCCAGCUUCUGCAUAUGGCCAAUGAGAAGGCCCUACAGCAGAAAGGCAUCACAGUCAAACAGAAGAGACAGAACGUGCACUUGGCAGUGCAUGCUGAGAACUUCAAGUCUGAAAUCGUCAGCGUGAAAGAGAUGAGAGACAUCUGGUCCUGGAUCCCAGAGCGCUUUGCACUUUGCCAGCCCCUAUUGCUUUUCACCACCUUGGAGCAUGGCUGCAGCCUAAACAGGUUCUAUUCUCACAGCGAAGGACAUGAACCAACUCUCCUCGUGAUCAAGACAACAGCCAAAGAGGUCUGUGGCGCUUAUUUGUCAACUGACUGGAGCGAGCGCAGGCGAGGAGGGAAUAAACUGAGUUUCUUUGGGACAGGAGAGUGCUUUGUAUUUAGGUUGCAGCCAGAAGUGGAACGCUAUGAGUGGGUGAUAAUCAAGCACCCCAAACUGGCCGUGACUGCUUCUGAGCCAGGAGCUAAGUCCACGCAGGUUUCCACUGUCCUGUCCUCCAGCAGCAUCCCCUCGGACUCUUCGGAUCGUCUUUCCCCCUUCCUCGCUACUCGUCACUUCAAUUUGCCUUCCAAAACCGCUUCCAUGUUCAUGGCUGGCAGCAAUGAGUGCAUCAUCAUAGGAGGUGGUGAUGGCCAGGCCCUCUACCUUGAUGCAGACCUGAACCAUGGGAGAACCAGCCACUGCAAUACUUUCAAUAAUCAGCCACUGUGUUCUGAAAGCUUCCAGAUCUCUGCCAUGGAGGUGUGGGGUUUCAAGGACACCAUCAAUGCUUGAGGCUAUAACCAUCAUCAAAACAAUGAGCCUGUCAGACAUCUCAAAAUUCUCAAGACAAAUAAUAAUGCAAAAGCCAAGCUAGCACAAAAAUUCCACUAGGCUCCUAGCUUGGCUAUUAAGGAGCAUGCUAAAUGCAGUGCUUAGUUGUUUACUGUUGCUCCUUAUAUGUAACAUGUAAAGGGCUAGGUGGUGCAUCUGGUUAAUUCCUUUUACCUCUGGCAAACUGGGUUCAAAUCCUGACUUAGGUAACAAGUGGAAAUGUGGGUAUCUCAUUCCUGAGUGGAUGUGUAUCCAUAUGCAAUCAGUCUCUGAGGCCAGGACUGGAACAGCAGCGUUGCUCAUCAGGAUGCAGGUAUAUUGGCAGAGCUGUGUGUGGCUUGUACAGUGCCUGGCUUGUGCCAAUGACAUCAGUUUGCCACUUGCAGGGGAAGAAUAUUGGUUUAUAAAAUAUUUGACACAGAAUAUUGGUUUAUGAAAGCAAUGGCUUUCUAUAAGUAGACUUUGCAUAUGUGUCCACCCAUUAGGCAGAUCCAUGUAUCCAUUUUCAGCACCCUUUCCUGAGCAAGUUAUCAAAGCUUCUGAAAGGAACAAAGACUAAUAGUUGUCUUUCCCCACAUCUGAAAGCUUGUGUUCUUAAUCUGCUUGCAAAGUCUGCCCCUCUGUAGGAAGCAUCCAGUUUGGAAAGCACUUCCUCAAAGGCUGACUUUCUGUUUACAUUCCUAUUACAUAUCAGAAUCGUGACUUCCAAUUGUACUAUUAUGACUCAUGGCUCAGGCAGCUAAAAGCCAGCAGGCUAUAUGCAGGGCACAAACUCUUCUCCUUCUUCAUGGUUCCUGGCAGCUGACAUGAGACUUUGCACCAGGAGUGAUAACAGGCCAGGCAGAAAAUUAGCAAUUGGAUGCAGAAACACAAUGCCUUCUCCAAAGAGAAGCAGAUAAGGAUGGGCAGAGGGGGAGUACCUACAGAGACAGAAAAUGAUCACAUCUAUCAAUUCAGUCUUGUGUCUGGGAAUGUACUAUUUCCCCAGACAGUCUCUAGGGGUUGCUGUUUCUAUAGCACCUGAAUCUGCCUAUUGACUGGAGAGACUAGUGCUCUCUCAGUGUAAAAUGCAGCUAUGCUUUGCCAGUAACGCCUCAUGGUGUAAGUUGGACAGGUGAAACCGUCCUUUCUUCUUGCCUGACAGUUCUGGCAGCACUUCUCCACAGACACGCUUGGUGACUGGAAAUGAUUUCCCAUUGUCUGACGAAGUUAGCAGUCCAGCUUUGAGACUUGUCCUUUCCUGGCUUAGUCUGUGCAUCUCAAUGGAGGAUCAGUGUGAGCAUGUGUUAGAGAGAUUCCUCUGAGUACUUCAGCAGAGUGAUCACUAGUGAGGGGGAGUUCUGCAGCUAGAUGGAGGGAAGAGAGAGCACUGUUCCCUCACCAGGUAUAUAGUGACAGCAAUUGCAUUAAAAUAGAGAAUCUUGAAUAUUACCUUUUUUUAAGGUGCAUUUCUUUUAUAAAGGGAGAUCAAAAUAUGCAGUGAAAAUCAGUGGCCCAACUCUUAACUAGGCUGGGCAAGAUCUCCUCAGAAUCCACUGGCUCAGAUGAGGCUGGCUAAGACUUACUUGCCUGGGCCACAUCUAAAGGAACUAGCAGACAGUUGUGUGACUUUGGCAUGGCACUGCCUGUCAAGAACCCACUGGCAAAGGUUAGCCUGGAAAAUGAACAGCUACUUUGUGAUGCCAUUGUUGGAAGCCCUUCCAUAAGAACCCAGGUCAGUAACGGAUUGUGGAUGCACCCUUUUAAAAUGAUAGAUGAACAUCAGUCUGUAAUCAGAAUCUUUCACUUGUUGGUGCAGAGCAGCAUUACUUACUCCUGCAAGAGCUAGUAACACCACAAGCACUCAUGAUGGAACAAGGAAGCAUUGUCCUUGCCCUGUGCAUCCUUGCAGUGCGUCAAAUGUGUUUGGAGAGGACAGCUGUCAUGUGGCUAACCCGGAAUCCUGGGUUCUGACCUUGCUGAGUAAUGGCUGCAGGAGCAAACUCUUAUAUUCUGUCUGAAAAAUAUACAUUUGUCAGUGUUAAAUCUGAACAAGUAUUCUGUUAGAAUCUUAAGCAGCUUUGGUUCCAGCUUGUUUUGCUGCUCACCUUGAAAAGGCCUCCUUGUGCCUGUGAGUAUAGAUGCCAUUGACACAGCCCAUUCCCUCUGACAUGCUGUGGACUUUGCAAUAUUGUGUUCUGCACAUGGCGGAAGCACGUGGGAGGUGAGUGAAGUUUGCCCCUGCUUAAAAGAUCAGUUUCCAGAUUAGAAUUGACUGAACUAAGAUCCUUUUAUCUUCCAAGUGAUAGCGUGUACUAGCCUUAGGGCACAUGUUCACACCCAUAUUUGCACCAUUGGGGUUCUUAAAUGUAAGUAUUAGCAACUAGUUCAGCUAGUAAAAAAUAGUUCAUUUCAGUGCCCCCUUAAGAUCAGUCAGCAGGAUUUUCCAUCCCAGAUGGCUUAUAACAUAACUGGUCUGAGGAGCCAAUUCCCCAUUCCAGGCAGGGUUCUGGCUCUAGAUCAGGGAUGGGCAACAUUUUUGGCCUGAGGUCCACAUCAGGGUUCCAAAACUGUGUGGAGAGCCGGGUAGGAAAGGCUGUGCCUCCCCAAAGAGCCUGGACUGUGCCCCCUACCACGUCCCGUCCCCUAACUGCCCCCCUCAGAGCCCCUGACCCAUCCAACCUCCCCUGCUCCUUGUCCCCUGACCACCCCUUCCCGGGACCCCCGGCCCCUAACCGCCCCCAUGGGACCCCACCCUCUAUCAAACCCCCCACUCCCUGUCCCCUGACUGCCCCGACCCCUAUCCACACCCACGUCCCCUGACAUGCCCCCCGGGACUCCCACGCCUAUCCAACCGGUCGCUGUCCCCUGACAGCCCCCGGGACCCUCCGCCCCCUUACAAUGCUGCUCAGAGCACCAGGACUGGCAGCCGUAAGUAGCACAUUCCUACGGGGAGCAAUUUAAUACACUACACUGGCGGCUCUCCCAGCUGCGCUGCCCAGCAGGAGCUUGCAGCCCCGCCACCCAGAGCACUGGCUGCAUGGUGAGGCUGAGGCUGCGGGAGAGGGACCAAGGGCUAGCCACCCUGGCCAGGAGCUCAAGGGCCGGGCAGGAUGGCCAGAUGUGGCCUGCGGGCCUUAGUUUGCCCACCUCUGCCCUCAAUUGUUUGGAAGGUUUCCUAUGCCAGGAUGGAAUAUUAACAUUUUUACCAAAGUAAUGAGGCUGCAAAGGGAGACUAAGCAAGCUGAAAGGAUUAGGUGUGGCAGCUCUGGUUCCACUGUGGCCUGGCUGUCCCUAUUUGCAUAUUGCUGAGAAUGAUAGUUAAGUCUGCUGAUGAACCCAUGGCAAUGCUGCUGAGCAUAGGCCAUGGAAAACAUGGAGGUCCAUGAUCUGUAGACAGUUACUUCAUUAACUGCUUUGGUGUGGGUGGAUCAUCUCCCAGUAGCUGGCACUGUAAAAUCUCUACAGUGCCUUUAACUUUCCAUACAGAGCUCUCAUGCCUGUUUCUCAAAGCAAGUUCUUUCCAGACUGAAAGAAACUAGUGGUAAUUCGUAUCCAUAUGUCAAUUGAGCUGGUAACAGAUUAUAUCACCCACCUGCACCAAUGACUGUUGGCUGAAAAGAACCUUGCAUGAUUGUACCUUGCUUUCUGUAAGCACUGGCAGAUGUCCAUCUAUCUGUAGGAUAUUGAAAAGCAAAUAUCAUAUCACUUUUGGUGCUUAAUGGCAUCUUAUCAACUUCCUUGGGCAAAGGAUUAAUUCAGAAAAUGCACUGAGUACCUUGGGGGGGGGGGGUUCUCAAAUAUGUUCUCUCCUCUGCCUCAUUCUUCCAGCUUGUGUACAGUUUGUUCUUAGCAGUAAUUUUCAUGUAAUUAAGAUAUCACCUGUCCCUUGAACUCAUGGUUGGCAAGAGUGAGAGACUUUCACAUUCAAGCAAUUCUUAAGUCUGUCUGCAAAACACAUCCAGAGACAUUCUGGUUUUCUUGCCUUCCCCAACCUCUCCCACUCCUGCCCCACUCCUCAAAUAGCAUCUACAGAAUUCUCCCCCCAGACUGCUAGGGUGGAAAUGUAACCCCAGAAAACUGCUUGAAUAGAAGAUAACAGCAAACUCAGCUUUAGAAUACUAGGCUGGUUUUUCAAAGAACCCUCGGAGAGGUAGGCACCCAAAUCCUACUGAAAGUCACUGGCAUUUGGGCAUUUGCCUCUUAGCAGCAAUGAAAAGCCCAGUUUUGACCUUUGCCAGGAUUGCAUUGUGUAGAAGUAGCAGAUGCCCCUAAUCCUUCCACCAUGGAGGGCCCACAAAGAAGUCCCAAGGGUAUUUCUAUACUGCAGCUGGGAGUUGAUUUCCAGCACAUGUAGACAGACUUGGGGUAGCUCAGCUCAAUCUAGUGCACUGAUAACAACAGUGUGGAUGUUGUUGCACAUGCAACAGGUCAGGCUAUGUACCCAUGUUCAGACCUGCGGGCUUGGGUAGGCUUGGACUUGAGUGGCUACCCUGAGCCGUCACCUCUCCCACAGUGUUCACACUGCUAUUUUUAGCACCUGCACUGGAGCUGAGCAAGCGGAAAUGUCUGCCUAGGCUGGGGAUCACACUUCACACAAUCUAUGCAGAUGGCCUGUUAUCCUAUUUCUGCAGGUGACCAUAGCAGAGUCUUCACUUCCUUCUUAAAGGAGCUCAUCACAUUGGGUAAUUGGAGUCUGGUGAGUAGCUUCUCAUGAGGCAGUCCAUGUCUAGGCAUAAGCCUUGCAAUUUGAGGGAAGGGGAAGAUACUCUUAUGACUUGGAACAAAUACUACCUCACCAGGGUAAUUGGGGGAGGGGAAGUGGCAGGGAAGGGGAAUUGAUGUUACAGGAUGAUCCGUGUGCAAAAGGGUUCCACUAUCUGAACCCCAGUUCUGGAAGCAGUGGGUGAUGAGUCAGUGAAGCUGUGCUAGAAGUAACUUCUCCCCUUGCCCAGAUGAGUGGGGAAACUAGUGACCCCUCUGCUGACUGCCAUCUGUGUUCAUAUCACUCUUAAGAGGAAUGUAUUGCAGAAGCAGAUUGUUUUACCAGGAUGUGGUGCUAAAAGAUCUCAUUAGGGUGAGUACUUGAGAAAUAAAAUCCCAGAAGACCAAUUUAGUGUAUGCAGGUCCAGCACCUUGAUAACCCAACCUGACCAAGAAGCCACAACAAAGAUGCAAGCGGAAUUGUAUUAUACAAAGCUGUCUUUCGUAUUCUCCUUUUGUAGUUAUUCCAUAAAAACUAAUGCUCCUUUUAUAUGUAAAUGUUUGUGUAUAAUAUUUCUUUGUGAACCUAAGGCAGCUCAGAGCUGUGGUGCUAUGAGCUGAGGACCUGUCCCUUCCUCUCCAGUGGCAAAGAGGCGUCUUCUGUCUGUGAUUAAAAAUUGAUGUUAAAGAGAAAUACAUCCAGGUUCAUAUAAAUCAGUGAGCGGUGUUUUGUAUGUUACAUGCAGAACUCUUGGGGCUGGGUACAUAGACCAGUUUUGAGAAGACUGCUAGAGUGGGUGGCUUCUCGGAGAUCAGGGCUCCAGCUGGGAAGUGUGUAGUAUGAUGAGUUACUUUACUGUAACUCUGAACAGCCUUUGACAACAUGUCCCUUUGGUGGUGAUAUUGUGUGUUAUCAGUGCCCUUCAAUUUAUGCUGUUAGCGUGGAGCUACGGUUCUGGCUGUUGAGAUGCAGACUCUGCUCUUUAAGAGCAUCUCUGGCUUCCUGGGAACCCAUUUCUGAGUUGUAACUUUCUAUUAGACGGAUGCUUUCUGGGGAUGGGGAAGGCCAGAGAAGACUAGAACCACCACCCACCUCCCCUAGGCAUCUGAAAAUGGGCUGAACUCACUGUAAAUAGCCUCUGACCUACUUACAGCACAGAAGUCAACAGUUACGCUACCCAGGAUGGCUGUGUCUCUGGAAAGCUAAUUGCUCUCUGAUAAUCAUGCACUUUUUGUGAUAGUCACCUUCCAUCUUCUGUCCCUCACCAGAGAGGUGGCAGACAAGGAGCCUCCUUGAGGGUUACAUUCUCUUCUGUGGAGAAAAUAGACUGAAUGUUACUGAAAGGGUUAAACUUAUAUCAGCAGAAGUAUCUUUUAGCCCCCCAAAAAUAAUUUUCUUGCAUAUCAAAUCAGCUGCUAAUCCUAGCAUUGGUAUGUUUGAAAACAGUACCUACUGAUUCACCUCUUUCUGGUUUUGGUUUUAAAUCCUGGGGAAUCGGAGGUUACACUGCCUUUGUGUCCUCAGCUACGCUCUGAUAUCACAAAUGGGCAGGGACCAAGACCUCACCUGAAGCAGGGGCAGAGGGAAAAGUUAGCUGCUGCAAUCCACAUCUGGAAUCCCAUCUCAGGCACAAAAUGCAUAGAGGGCUCAGAUACAGUCUCAUCACUGUGUGAUAACAGCUCUGUCUUCUGAGCCAACUCUUGUUUUGAGAUGAAUUUUGUACCAGUCUGUUUGUAGGUGAUAUGAAUGCAAAUUAUAUCCUGACAUUUUUCUCCAGGUGAUUGCAGUGCUGUCUAAUUGUGACUUUCCAGGUAUUGUAACUAUGCCCUCCAUUCAUGACAGUGUUGAGUGUUUGUGACUGCACAGAAUUUGGGUUCAAGUAUUAAAAUAAAAUUUAAACAUACAAGCUGUUGGCUUUAUCCUUUCA